AUGACCGAAGUAGAUGUCAUUUUAGCACUUAGAAAACGCCUUCAAGAGGCCAUUGAUGCUUGUGAUUUUGCUACAGCCAAGAAAAUAGACUUACAGAUUAAGAAUAUUCUUGAAGUUGAGAAAAAUAAUAAAUCUACGACAACAUUAAAGGCCAAGCAGAACAAUUAUGAUAAAGCAAAAGAGAAAUGUCGAUUUCAAGCUGUUGAAUACUUCAAAGAAGCUUCAGAAGCUAUCACUAAAUGUCGUGAAAAUUACCAAACAAAAAUAGCAGAAAUACAAAAUGAUUAUGCGUCAAAAGUUGCUGUUGUCCAAGACGAGUUUUCAAAAGAUUUCGAAUUGUGCACUAUACGCGCAGAUCCAGUUGCAGAUGCCAUGAAAAAGAGUGCUCAAGUUCUAGCAAGAGAACGUCAGUUCGAUACCGCAUCUAUUGUGUUUAAUGAGUCAGAACAGAAGAGAAAUCGUAAUAUUGGCGAAAGACAGGAUACGACCGUUCAAAAAUAUGAAGAAAUUAGGAAGAAUCUUCAAAAAUCACAGGAAAAGGAAGAGAAAAUUGCACUUAGAUACCUUCAGAGAGAUCUGCACAACGUGGAUAAGAAAUAUAAGGCAAAUAUUAAUCAAUUAUUAAACGCAUUAAAGGCUUGUGCAUCAAAGAACGGAAUUAAAGAAACUUUAGAUCAAUCCGAUAUGUUUCCAAAGCUAAUUAUUGAAGAAAUAGAAGGAAUGACAUUUUCACCGCCAUUAACCCCUGAAUCGAAGACUUCUCCAAAAACAAUCUCAAUUUUAUCAAAAUCCUCAGUAUCUGCUACUCCAACAAAACUAAGAAAACAAUAA